ACAGGAGUGCCCGACGCUGAACCCCGAGCAAGGAUCACUUGGGGAGCCUUUCUGGGAGUGAGGGGAAAUGGGGAGAAUUUUGCUUCGGUGGGAAUAGGUGGUAGACAGGUCGCCUGGGUUUUCUUCUCUUACUUAGCCAUAGGGCCCUCUCUUGUCCGUGCCUCCUUCAAAGGCCCUUCUGGGCGCUCCGCGGCGGGAGAGGUUUGCGGCAUUGGCCCUCCCGGUACACUCUUCCCGCGGCCGCCGGCUGGUGCCCGCUGCCAUGGGGACGCUGCUGCGCUCGGCCCUGCGCCCUCUCCGCCGACUCGGCGGCCUCCGGGGGCAGGCUGCAGAUGUGCCGCUCCGAGGCGUGCGCCACGGCGCCGCCGGCCUGCUCUACCCGGGGCACAUCCCCACCUCCCCGCUGCAGAAGGCGCUGCUGGCCGCCGGCUCGGCCGGAAUGGCUCUCUAUAACCCGUACCGCCACGACAUGGUCGCAGUUCUAGGGGAGACCACAGGACUCCGUGCCCUGAAGGUCCUCAGGGACCAGAUGAGGAAGGAUCCAGAGGGUGCUGAGAUCCUGCAGAAGCGUCCCCGGAUCUCGCUGUCUACCCUUGACUUGGACAAGCUCCGUAGUCUGCCUGAGGGCUCCCUUGGCCAAGAGUAUCUCUGUUUCCUGGAUGUAAAUAGGGUCUCCCCAGAUACCCGAGCACCCACCCGAUUCGUGGACGAUGAGGAGCUAGCCUAUGUGAUCCAGCGGUACCGGGAGAUUCAUGACAUGCUCCACACCCUGCUGGGGAUGCCCACCAACAUCCUGGGGGAGAUCGUGGUGAAGUGGUUUGAGGCUGUCCAGACCGGCCUGCCCAUGUGCAUCCUGGGUGCCCUCUUUGGACCAAUCCGACUCAGUGCCCAGAGCCUGCAAGUGCUGGUUUCAGAGCUGAUCCCAUGGGCAAUUCAGAAUGGGCGCAGAGCCCCGUGUGUCCUCAACUUGUACUACGAGCGGCGCUGGGAGCAGCCCCUGAGGGCUCUACGGGAGGAGCUGGGCAUCACAGACCCCCCCACAGUGCAUGUCAGGGGCCUGGCGUAGGCCCUGAGCCACUGCCCACACCACCACCCAACCUCCCCUGAGGCGGACGAUUCUUUGGCCAUUACCUUUGUUCCUUUUCUUUCAACACUGACCCUUGGACCCUUCAUUUAUCGUAAUUUGUCAUAACCACUGUUGAGUGGCUUUGAGGACCACCCCAGGAGGGAGCAUGCAGGGCACUGGAGCUCCCAGGAGAGCCAGGAGCUGCCCAAAGAUCACCACAUGUG